AUGACUUACCAUUUGAGUAAAGAGGAAGUUACAUUGAGUAAACUUCAAGGCUUGUUGAGACUCGCUGAAAGUGGAUUGAAAGGAAAAUGUGUUGAACCCACUCCUACUGCUGAUGUCCCUAUUAUGGCUAUUGGACAAGGAAAAUGGAAAAAGAGGAAAGCUCCAUCAAAGCAAAAUUGGAAGGGAAAUUCUCAUGAUGGGCCUUCUAGUAAUGGACCCAAAGGAAAAACCAAUUCUUCUCCCCCUGCCUCAAAUCCAAAGGAUGCAACGUGGUUCUACUGCAAAGACAAGGGGCAUUGGAAGAGAAACUGCCCCAUGUACCUGCAGGACAUUAAGGAUGUCAAGAUGAAGCCUGCCUCGGCAGGGAUUAAAAGAAAGUAG